AUGGAUAAAAAAUCACGCGAUCAAAUUUUACGAGGAACUUUUUAUUCAGUUGGGAUAGGAGCAACCACAGGAAGUCUAGUUGCGUAUAUAAAAAAUAGACCUAUAAUUAAUUAUACAAUCUUUACGGGAAUAAAUUGCGGAAUUUUUGGGUUAACAUUUUUCAGUAUUAGAGAUGCUUGUUUAUCAUUUCAAAAGAGCAAAAAUCCUGAUUAUGGAUUAUUAGAUUCUCAGACAAGAGAUAUUGAUUAUUUGAUCAGCAGUACGCUUUCCGGUGGUUUAACCGGUGGAUUUCUGUCGGCUAUAAAACGUGGACCGAGAGCAACUCUGUCGGGAUUUGUUUUAUUCUCUGUUAUAUGUGGUGCAGGGCAAAUAUGUUAUAGUUCCAUAUAUAAUUACAGACAACGAUUAAUUAUUAAAUCAUCAAAUCAAGAUCAGUUACAACCUUCCAACACAUCGUCCCAAGAUGCAUCUAGGGACUCUAAUAUUCAACAUGAAAAGAAAAAUCUCGGUUUUUUAGAUCGGUUGUCUGCAAUAAAAUGGUCACCCAUUACAAAGUUAUCAGAAGAACAGUAUAAAGAGCUUAUGAAAGCCAAAGAAAAAAAACGAUUAGGGGAUUCUAAUAAAACUAAAAAUAAUGAUUGA